ACUUUCAUAAGGAGCUCCUAUUCCUUGUUUUCAUGACUGAACCUACAUAACCAGACAUGGAGCAGAUGGACUGCAAACCCUACCAGCCGCUCUCUAAAGUUAAGCGCGAAGUGGAUCUAACUUACACAAGUUCUUCGGAUGAAAGUGAAGAUGGGAGAAAACAAAGACAAUCCUAUGACUCCCGAGAAACUCUGAACGAGUAUGGCCAAGAACUGAGACUGAACUAUAACAGCCAUAGCAGGAAAAGAAAAGCUGUUGACCAGUCCGCUCAAGAGAUGGAAUUCUGCGAGACUCCCCACGUGCUGUGCUCUGGCUACCAGCCAGAUUUACAUGGUGCAGCUCAACAUGGUUAUCCAUUAGAGAUGGGAUCGGAUGUGGAUACCGAGACUGAAGGGGGUGCUUCACCGGACCAUGCCCUGAGGAUGUGGAUGAGGGGGAUGAAAUCCGAACACAGUUCCUGUUUGUCAAGCCGGGCAAACUCUGCAUUGUCCCUCACUGAUACCGACCAUGAAAGGAAGUCUGAUGGAGAAAACGAAAUGCCGGGCAGCCCGCACAACCAGUUCACGUUUCGACCACUCCCGCCCCCGCCCCCACCACCACAUGCGUGCACCUGCAGCAGAAAACCACCUCCAACAGCAGAUUCUCUCCAGAGAAGAUCAAUGACAACCCGCAGCCAGCCCAGUCCAGCUGCUCCGACCCCCCCAACCGGUACACAGGAUUCUGUGCAUCUGCACAACAGCUGGGUCUUGAAUAGUAAUAUACCACUGGAGACCAGGCAUUUCCUAUUUAAACAUGGAUCUGGUUCUUCAGCUAUCUUCAGUGCAGCCAGUCAGAACUAUCCUUUAACAUCCAAUACUGUUUACUCUCCACCUCCUAGGCCACUUCCCAGAAGUACCUUUUCUAGACCUGCCUUCACUUUUAACAAACCUUACAGGUGUUGCAACUGGAAGUGCACUGCUUUGAGUGCUACAGCUAUUACAGUUACGCUGGCUUUGUUGCUAGCCUAUGUUAUUGCAGUACAUUUGUUUGGCUUAACCUGGCAACUGCAGCCUGUUGAAGGGCAGUUGUAUGAAAAUGGAGUCAGCAAAGGGAACAGAGUGACCGAAUCCAUGGAUACUACUUACUCGCCAAUCGGAGGGAAGGUGUCUGAUAAAACAGAAAAGAAAGUGUUUCAGAAAGGACGGGCCAUAGACACAGGAGAAGUUGAGAUUGGAGCCCAAGUUAUGCAGACCAUCCCACCAGGUUUAUUCUGGCGUUUUCAAAUUACUAUCCAUCACCCAGUGUACCUGAAAUUUAACAUUUCACUGGCAAAGGACUCUCUGCUGGGAAUUUAUGGCAGAAGAAACAUUCCACCCACUCACACUCAGUUUGAUUUUGUAAAACUGAUGGAUGGAAAACAGUUAAUUAAACAAGAGCCAAGGAACUCAGAGGAGUCUCAGCAUGCGCCUAGGAAUCUGAUCUUAACCUCACUGCAAGAGACAGGUUUCAUUGAAUAUAUGGAUCAGGGGGUUUGGCACAUGGCAUUUUACAAUGAUGGAAAGAAAAUGGAGCAAGUAUUUGUGCUAACUACAGCAAUUGAAAUCAUGGAUGAUUGCUCUACUAAUUGCAAUGGGAAUGGAGAAUGCAUCUCAGGUCACUGCCACUGUUUCCCAGGAUUCCUUGGUCCUGACUGUGCAAAAGACUCGUGCCCCGUGCUGUGCAGUGGAAAUGGGGAAUAUGAGAAAGGUCACUGUGUAUGCCGGAAUGGAUGGAAAGGAGCAGAGUGUGAUGUUCCAGAAGAGCAAUGUAUUGAUCCGACCUGCUUUGGCCAUGGUACUUGUAUCAUGGGAGUCUGCAUCUGUGUCCCAGGAUACAAAGGAGAAAUUUGUGAAGAAGAGGACUGCUUAGAUCCUAUGUGCUCUGGCCAUGGCGUCUGUGUUCAAGGGGAAUGUCACUGCUCCACGGGCUGGGGAGGAGUAAACUGUGAGACAUCUCUUCCUGUGUGUCAAGAGCAGUGCUCAGGUCAUGGGACUUUCCUCUUGGAUACUGGAGUGUGUAGCUGUGAGCCACAGUGGACAGGUCCAGACUGCUCAACAGAACUAUGCACGCUGGACUGUGGGAGCCACGGAGUUUGUUCAAGAGGAAUAUGCCAGUGUGAAGAAGGCUGGGUAGGACCGACCUGUGAAGAACGUACAUGCCAUUCUCACUGUGCUGAACAUGGCCAGUGCAAAGAUGGGAAGUGUGAGUGCAGCCCUGGAUGGGAAGGAGACCACUGCACCAUCGAUGGUUGCCCAGGUCUGUGUUAUGGAAAUGGAAGAUGCACUCUGGAUCAGAAUGGAUGGCACUGUGUCUGCCAAGUGGGUUGGAGUGGCACAGGAUGUAACGUUGUCAUGGAAAUGGUGUGUGGCGAUAACCUGGAUAACGAUGGAGAUGGCUUGACAGACUGUGUAGAUCCUGAUUGUUGUCAGCAGAGCAAUUGCUAUGCAAGUCCUCUCUGCCAAGGUUCACCUGAUCCCCUUGACCUCAUUCAGCAUAGCCAGCCUCCCUUCUCUCAGCAUCCUCCACGGCUCUUUUAUGAUCGAAUCAAAUUCCUCAUUGGGAAGGAGAGCACUCACGUGAUCCCAGGAGAUGUCUCAUUUGAUAGCAGACGUGCUUGUGUUAUUCGAGGCCAGGUGGUAGCAGUUGAUGGGACACCCCUGGUUGGAGUAAAUGUCAGUUUUCUACACCACAGUGACUAUGGAUACACUAUCAGCCGACAGGAUGGAAGUUUCGAUCUUGUGGCUGUUGGAGGCAUCUCUGUUACCCUGGUUUUUGACAGAUCUCCAUUCAUUUCUGAGAAAAGGACACUGUGGUUGCCUUGGAAUAGGUUUAUUGUGGUAGAUAAAGUUGUCAUGCAGAGAACACAAUCAGACGCACCUUCCUGUGACAUCAGUAAUUUUAUCAGCCCAAAUCCAGUUGUGCUGCCUUCACCCUUGACGGCAUUUGGAGGGUCCUGUCCAGAGAGAGGAACGGUCAUUCCAGAGCUACAGGUUGUCCAGGAAGAAAUCCCAAUUCCUUCCAGUUUUGUGAAGCUCAGUUAUCUGAGCAGUCGGACGCCUGGAUAUAAAACUUUGUUGCGUAUUAUUUUAACGCAUGCAGCCAUUCCUGCUGGAAUGACAAAAGUGCAUUUAAUAGUUGCUGUUGAAGGACGUCUACUUCAGAAGUGGUUUCCAGCUGCUACCAACCUGGUCUACACGUUUGCCUGGAAUAAGACAGACAUAUAUGGACAAAAGGUUUCUGGCCUGGCAGAGGCAAUGGUGUCAGUAGGAUAUGAAUAUGAAACAUGCCCUGAUUUUAUUCUGUGGGAAAAAAGGACAGUAAUCCUUCAGGGUUUUGAGAUGGAUGCUUCGAAUCUGGGAGGCUGGGCCAUAAACAAACACCAUAUAUUGAAUCCACAAAGCGGCAUUGUACACAAAGGAAACGGUGAGAACAUGUUCAUUUCCCAACAGCCCCCCGUUAUCUCAACUGUCAUGGGUAGCGGACACCAAAGAAGUGUCUCUUGCUCCAGUUGCAAUGGUCUUGCUCUCAACAACAAACUCUUUGCCCCAGUUGCUAUGGCUUGUGGCCCUGAUGGCAGUAUAUAUAUUGGAGACUUCAAUUUUGUCAGACGGAUAUUUCCCUCAGGAAAUUCCAUUAGCAUUUUAGAACUACGGAACAGAGAUACAAGGCAUAGUACGAGUCCAGCUCACAAGUACUACCUGGCUGUGGACCCAGCCUCAGAAUCCCUCUACUUGUCAGACACCAACACCAGGAGAGUCUACAAAGCGAAAUCUCUCAGUGAAACAAAGGAUUUGGCCAAGAACUACGAUGUGGUUGCAGGGACAGGUGAUCAGUGCCUCCCAUUUGAUCAGAGUCACUGCGGAGAUGGCGGAAGAGCAGCCGAGGCUUCCCUCAACAGUCCUAGAGGUAUCACUGUGGAUAAAUAUGGAUUCAUCUACUUUGUUGAUGGUACCAUGAUUCGGAAAAUUGAUGAGAAUGGUGUGAUCACAACAAUAAUUGGUUCAAAUGGUCUCACAUCAACACAACCGUUGAGCUGUGACUCCGGAAUGGAUAUCACUCAGGUCCGGUUAGAGUGGCCAACAGACCUCACAGUCAACCCUGUAGACAAUUCACUCUAUGUUCUGGACAACAACAUUGUGCUGCAGAUCUCUGAGAAUAGGCGUGUGCGAAUUAUUGCAGGUCGCCCUAUUCACUGUCAAGUGCCGGGCAUAGAUCACUUCCUGGUCAGCAAGGUAGCAAUCCAUUCGACCCUGGAAUCAGCCAGAGCCAUUGCAGUAUCUCACAGUGGGAUACUGUACAUUGCAGAGACAGAUGAGAGAAAGAUAAACCGCAUACAGCAGGUUACAACCAAUGGUGAGAUUUCUAUAAUUGCUGGAGCCCCAUCAGAUUGCGACUGCAAGAUUGACCCGAAUUGCGAUUGCUUCUCAGGGGAUGGUGGAUAUGCCAAAGAUGCAAAGCUGAAAGCACCUUCUUCUCUAGCAGUCUCUCCUGAUGACACACUGUACAUAGCAGACCUUGGCAACGUUCGCAUCCGUGCAGUCAGUCGAAACAAGGCUCAUCUCAGUGACAUGAAUAUUUAUGAGAUUGCAUCCCCAGCAGACCAAGAACUGUAUCAGUUCACCACCAACGGGACCCAUCUCCACACACUGAAUCUGAUAACAAGGGACUAUAUUUACAAUUUCACAUACAACGGGGAAGGGGAUAUUGGCACAAUCACUAGCAGCAAUGGGAAUUCAGUUCAUAUCCGCAGAGAUGCGAGUGGGUUGCCUCUGUGGCUGGUGGUGCCCGGAGGCCAGGUAUACUGGCUAACAAUAAGCAGCAAUGGUGUCCUGAAGAGGGUCUAUGCUCAAGGCUAUAACUUGGCUCUGAUGACGUACCCGGGCAACACAGGUCUUCUAGCAACCAAGAGUGAUGAAAACGGGUGGACAACUGUGUACGAAUAUGACCCUGAAGGUCACUUGACCAAUGCAACCUUUCCAACUGGUGAGGUCAGCAGUUUCCACAGCGACGUCGAAAAACUGACCAGAGUAGAGCUCGACACUUCGAACAGGGAAAAUGUGAUCACGGCUACAAAUUUCUCCGCUACUUCUACCAUAUACACUUUAAAACAAGAAAACACACAGAGCAUCUAUCGGGUCAGCCCAGAUGGUUCACUGAGGGUCACCUUUGCCAGCGGAAUGGAAAUCACUCUGAACACAGAGCCCCACAUUCUGGCAGGAGUUGUCAACCCCACUUUAGGAAAGUGCAAUAUUUCACUACCUGGAGAGCAUAACUCAAACCUGAUUGAAUGGAGGCAAAGGAAGGAGCAAACCAAAGGCAACAUCUCCACAUUUGAGAGGAGGCUACGGGCCCACAACAGAAACCUCUUAUCCAUUGAUUUUGACCACGUGACCAGAACAGGAAAGAUCUAUGAUGACCAUCGAAAAUUCACUCUUCGGAUUAUGUAUGACCAGACAGGACGUCCAAUUUUGUGGUCACCCAUCAGCAAGUACAAUGAAGUCAACAUCACUUAUUCACAUUCAGGAUUAGUGACCUAUAUUCAGAGAGGAACAUGGACUGAGAAAAUGGAAUAUGACGCAAGUGGAAAGAUCAUUUCCAGGACAUGGGCAGAUGGUAAAAUAUGGAGCUACACAUAUUUAGAAAAGUCUGUGAUGCUCCUGUUGCACAGCCAACGCCGCUACAUAUUUGAAUACGACCAGUCAGAUUACCUGCUCUCAGUUACCAUGCCAAGUAUGGUGCGCCAUGGCUUGCAGACCAUGCUUUCAGUGGGAUACUAUCGCAACAUCUACACUCCCCCGGACAGCAGCACAGCCUUCAUACAAGAUUUCACCAGAGAUGGACGGCUGUUGCAAACGCUAUAUCCUGGAACAGGGCGUCGAGUCCUUUACAAGUACACAAAACAGUCCCGGCUGUCAGAAAUCCUCUACGAUACUACUCAAGUCACCUUUACAUAUGAAGAAUCUUCUGGGGUUAUAAAAACCAUACACUUGAUGCAUGAUGGAUUCAUCUGCACCAUCAGAUACAGGCAGACAGGUCCCCUUAUUGGUCGUCAGAUCUUCCGAUUUAGCGAAGAAGGUCUCGUGAAUGCCAGAUUUGACUACAGUUACAAUAAUUUCCGGGUUACAAGCAUGCAGGCCAUGAUAAAUGAGACACCUCUUCCUAUAGAUCUGUAUCGCUAUGUUGACGUGUCUGGGAGGACUGAACAGUUCGGAAAAUUCAGUGUGAUUAAUUAUGACUUGAACCAAGUUAUAACCACCACUGUAAUGAAACACACCAAGAUUUUUAGUGCCAACGGGCAGGUGAUUGAAGUGCAAUAUGAAAUUCUUAAGUCUAUAGCCUAUUGGAUGACCAUUCAGUAUGAUAAUAUGGGUCGGAUGGUGAUAUGUGAUAUACGUGUAGGAGUCGAUGCCAACAUAACAAGGUACUUUUAUGAAUACGAUGCUGACGGCCAACUUCAGACUGUCUCUGUGAAUGAUAAAACCCAGUGGCGUUACAGUUAUGACCUUAAUGGAAACAUCAACUUGCUCAGUCAUGGAAACAGUGCCCGUCUCACACCCCUGAGAUAUGAUCUUAGAGAUCGCAUUACUAGACUAGGAGAAAUUCAAUACAAAGUGGAUGAAGAUGGUUUUCUUAGACAAAGGGGCAAUGAAAUCUUUGAGUAUAACUCCAAUGGUUUGCUGAGCAAAGCUUACAAUAAAAUGUCUGGUUGGACUGUACAAUACUGCUAUGAUGGUCUUGGGAGAAGAGUUGCAAGCAAAUCAAGUAUAGGACAACACCUACAGUUCUUUUACGCUGAUCUUUCCAACCCAAUAAGAGUUACCCACUUGUACAAUCACACUAGCUCAGAAAUAACAUCCUUGUAUUAUGAUCUGCAAGGUCAUCUCAUCGCUAUGGAAUUAAGCAGUGGAGAAGAAUAUUAUGUUGCUUGUGACAACACUGGCACCCCCCUAGCUGUCUUCAGCAGUCGGGGUCAAGUAAUUAAAGAAAUUCUAUACACACCUUAUGGAGAGAUCUAUCAGGACACUAAUCCGGAUUUCCAAGUUAUAAUUGGCUUUCAUGGAGGACUGUAUGAUUCUCUUACUAAAUUAGUGCAUCUGGGUCAAAGGGAUUACGAUGUCAUUGCUGGACGCUGGACAACACCAAACCAUCAUAUAUGGAAACAUCUGAAUACCAUUCCACAGCCAUUUAAUCUCUACUCAUUUGAAAAUAACUAUCCAGUUGGCAGAAUCCAAGAUGUUGCUAAGUACACAACAGACAUUGGAAGUUGGCUAGAGCUGUUUGGUUUCCAGCUACACAAUGUGCUUCCUGGAUUCCCUAAACCAGAGAUAGAAGCACUGGAGACAACAUAUGAACUUUUACAACUUCAAACAAAAACCCAAGAGUGGGAUUCUGGAAAGACUAUCCUUGGCAUUCAAUGCGAGCUACAAAAACAACUAAGAAACUUUAUCUCUUUGGACCAACUUCCUAUGACCCCCAGGUACAGUGACGGGAGGUGUCUUGAAGGAGGAAAACAGCCCAGGUUUGCAGCCAUUCCUUCAGUUUUUGGCAAAGGCAUCAAAUUUGCUAUUAAGGAUGGAAUAGUGACUGCUGACAUUAUAGGAGUAGCAAAUGAGGAUAGUCGGCGCAUUGCUGCCAUCCUCAACAAUGCUCACUAUCUGGAGAACCUCCAUUUUACCAUAGAUGGCCGCGAUACACACUACUUCAUCAAGCUGGGGUCUUUGGAAGAAGACUUGGCUCUGAUAGGCAACACUGGGGGACGGCGCAUUUUGGAAAAUGGUGUUAAUGUCACUGUGUCCCAGAUGACUUCCGUCAUCAAUGGCAGGACUAGACGGUUUGCCGAUAUACAACUCCAGCACGGCGCAUUGUGCUUUAAUGUUCGGUAUGGAACGACCAUAGAAGAGGAGAAGAACCAUGUCUUAGAAAUAGCCAGGCAGAGGGCCGUAGCGCAAGCCUGGACUAAGGAACAGAGACGGCUGCAAGAAGGGGAAGAAGGCAUUAGAUCAUGGACAGAGGGAGAGAAACAGCAGCUUUUAAGCACUGGGAGGGUACAAGGCUAUGAUGGAUAUUUUGUUUUAUCUGUGGAGCAGUAUCUUGAACUUUCUGACAGUGCCAACAACAUUCACUUCAUGAGACAGAGUGAAAUAGGCAGGAGGUAACAAAAAAAAUCUCUGCCUUUGCGUCACCAAAGACUGCCUGUUUUUAAACAUAAAAAAAAGGUUUAUUGUAUUGGUUUUUCUAGAUCAGAACUCUGUAUAUACAAAUAUAGAGGAAAAAAAACAUAUCCAACUGCCUUUAAAUGUGACAGAAGAUGGUAUUUUAAUAUUGUUUGUUUAAACUCUUUGAGAGAUGACAGUGAAGAUUUUUAGUUCUUGUGUGGCAGUAUUCAAAAUUUCAGAAGCAGAGUUCAAAAAGUUCGACAACCCGACUUAAAAAGGAACAGAACACACUGGCCAAACACGUAAGACUUCGUGUGCUCUGCUUUCUUCUUAAAGAUGCACCAGUUCUUAUUUCAUUGCUUUGAUAACUUUGUAUUGAUUACAAAAGGUGAUGAAUUCGAGUCUGCAGUGCUUACUCACCUGGGGGGUCUGUAUCCCCCAGGAGAUGUCCCAGUGACUUCAGUGGGAUGCCUUACAUGAGCAAGUGCUGCAGGACUGUAUUUGGAAAGGGAUAGUUGCUCACCCACCCAGUACAUGUCAUUUUUCACAGCUACAAUCUAAGGAAGUUUCAGACCUGAAUUAACAUGCGGGGGGUGGGGGAACACA